AUGGCGGAGGCGGUGACGGCGGAGGCGGUGAUAGCGGAGGCGGUGAUAGCGGAGGCGGCCGCGGCGCGAGCGGGCGAGGGGUCGGCAGCGGAGGCGACGGCAGAGGCGGAGGCGACGGUGACGGUGGCGGCGGCGGACGGCCAGGCGGCUGCCGUGGUGGAGGGGAGCCCGGACGAGAAGGGCGUGGCGUGGUUCACGGCGCAGUGCCUUGCGUUCAGCCGUGAGGUUUGCGCGAGUAGGAAACUCGCCUGUGCGGAGAGGCUGCCCUCCUUCGCCAGCGCGCAGGGGCUGGUCGACUUCUUCCCAAAGAAGCUCGUAUCGCCGGCGCAGAUCACCGAGCAGCGCAGGCGCAUGCAGGCCGCAAUUGAGGAGGAGCGGAGCCGGCAGAUGGACGCGGGAGACAUGGUGGAGUAG